UGAUAAUGGUAAUCUCUGUGAUGUCUACGUAAAUAGAGGAACCACUCUCCACAUUCACAUCUUUUAAAUUGUGAUCUCUGCUUCACCUUAGUCUCAAGAUUCAGCCAUUGUUGAUCAAAUCAAGCUCCGACCAUUCCAGGAGGAAGCUAUUAUUAUAUGGAGCAUGAAAAUGCACCCCUUUGAUUAAACUUGGUCGGCGGCGCUGGAUGAGGGCGAAGCACACCUCAACACCAACACGUGCAUUGUUAUUAUUGGUCUUCGAUUUUUUUCUCAAUUCCAAUUCUGCCCCUACCUUUCCUCAACGGAAUUCAGCAGCGUUGGAGGAAUAGGGAGAGAGAGAGAGAGAGAGAGACAGGGGCGGUUACUUAUAUCCGUGUGGUAUCGCCGGAAUUGUUCUUCGAUCGCACCGGAAAAGUAUCGAUCCUCUCGUCGCCGGAGAGCAGCGAUGGUGAACGCCUUGGUGGAACGUGCCACGAGCGACAUGCUCAUAGGCCCUGAUUGGGCCUUGAACCUCGAGAUCUGUGACAUACUCAAUCGUGACCCUGGGCAAGCAAAGGAUGUUGUUAAAGGUAUAAAGAAGCGGAUUGGAAGUAAAAAUUCAAAAGUUCAACUUCUUGCUCUAACUCUGCUGGAGACAAUCAUAAAGAAUUGUGGGGACAUCGUUCACUUGCAUGUUGCAGAGAGAGAUGUUCUUCAUGAGAUGGUGAAAAUAGUAAAGAAGAAGCCUGAUUCUCAUGUCAGAGAGAAGAUACUGAUUCUUAUAGAUACUUGGCAAGAAGCUUUCGGAGGACCAAGGGCAAGAUAUCCACAGUAUUAUGCUGCAUACCAGGAACUGUUGCGUGCUGGGGCAGUGUUCCCUCAGAGGUCUGAGCAAUCUGCACCUGUUUUUACACCACUACAAACACAACCACUGACAUCGUACCCUCAAAAUAUAAGAGACUCUGGUGCUAGGCAAGACACAGCUGAGUCCUCAGCGGAGUCUGAGUUUCCAACCCUAAGUUUAACUGAAAUUCAGAAUGCACGUGGUAUUAUGGAUGUUCUUGCGGAAAUGCUCAAUGCAUUAGACCCUGGUAACAAAGAAGGUCUUAGGCAGGAAGUUAUUGUUGAUUUGGUGGAGCAAUGUCGAGCAUACAAGCAGAGAGUGGUACACCUUGUUAAUUCAACCUCGGACGAGUCACUUCUAUGCCAAGGACUAGCUCUGAAUGAUGAUCUGCAGCGUGUACUGGCCAAACAUGAAUCCAUUGCUUCGGGUACUUCUGCUCAAAAUCACACUGAGAAACUGAUGCCUGCACCUACUAGAGAACUUGUUGAUGGUCCUUUGGUUGAUACUGGAGAUACUAGUAAACAAACUCACGGGAGAUCGUCUUCUAGUGCUGAAGCAGGGUCCCAAACAUUAAAUCAGUUAUUGCUUCCUGCACCCCCCACAUCCAACGGUUCAGCUACCCCUGCAAAGGUUGAUCCCAAAUUUGACCUGCUCAGUGGUGACGACUACAACUCACCAAAAGCGGAGACUUCACUUGCUAUUGUUCCUCUUGGAGAACAACAGCCAGCCAGUCCUUUGUCUCAGCAAAAUGCCCUUGUUCUUUUUGAUAUGUUCUCUAAUGGAAGCAAUGCGCCUACUUCUGUUAAUAUCCAGCCAACUAAUGUUGCUGGACAAACCAGUCCGUUAGCUCCCCAAUUUCAACAACAGCAGACUUUCAUAUCUCAAGGUGUAUUUUACCCCAACGGAAGUGUGCCAAAUGUUCGGUCACCUCCGUAUGAGCAAUCACCAUACACACAAAGCACAGGUCCUGCCUGGAAUGGUCAGGUUGCACAGCAGCAACAGCCACAUUCAUCGGUUUAUGGUGCACUUAAUGCUUCUUUAUUGGCUACGCAAAGUGGUGGAUCAUUGCCGCCACCUCCAUGGGAAGCUCAACCUACAGAUAAUGGUAGUCCAAUAGCAGGCACUCAAUACCCACAACCAUUGCAAGUCACUCAAAUGGUUAUGACACGUGCACAAAUUGCUGCACAUCCUCAGGGACCUCAAGCAAGUGGGCAUGAGCAGGCUGUUGGUAUGUAUAUGCAGCCAAAUGCUAGCCAUAUGUCAACAAUCAAUAACCAUGUUCAAAGCAAUCAAUUGGGCUGGUACCCUGGGCAUAUUCAGGGUGUUGCAGGUCCCUAUAUGGGUAUGGUUUCACAUCAAAUGCAAAAUGUUCCUUUGUCUUCCAUGUAUCCUCAACAGAUGUAUGGCAACCAAUUCAUAGGAUACGGCUAUGGUCAGCAACAAGGGGUUCAAUAUGUUGAGCAGCAAAUGUAUGGUUUAUCUGUGAGAGAUGAUAGUGCUCUGAGAAAUUCUUACCAGGUUUCUGCUACAUCUUAUGUGCCAUCUGCGAAGCCUUCAAAGCCAGAGGAUAAGUUGUUUGGAGACCUUGUUGACAUGGCUAAAGUGAAACCAAAAUCUACUCCAGGCCGAGCUGGUAGCAUGUAGAACUGUGAUUGGGUUUGCAUUUUUCAUCUGUUUGCUAACUCUUGUCAUCUUUUUUCUUUAUUCUUUUCAUUUUACUUUUAUAUAUAUUAAUAGAUGUAAAUUUUUUUUUGUUGGUUAUUGUCCCAUAUUGUGUUGCUUGUCUGACAGUUGGCAUAGAUUAUGUACAUUUGUUCUAGAGAACACUGAAAAUUGAAAGGAAAAAAUUU